UGGUAAUGGAAGCGCACAGGCUGCUCAUGACAAUGACUCCAGCGAAACGCGUGAGACAGACUCGGCACGUGAGCAGAUACUCGUUCAAACCACAAGUUGGGCUGGUUGUGCGUAAAAGACCAAAUUCCUCUCACUGAUUACUGUGACUACAUGACCACAUCAGGGUGAUCAGGGCUGUCAUGCGCUCUUAUCAACAGAGACAAGGCUCAGGAGGCACUUUAUGAUCACAUUUAUUCUGAUUAAAAGCAGCUGGACUGUUAAAUAGAACUGACACGGGUACAAAUUUUCUCCUUUUUUUGUGGAAGGGAUGAAAUGCCAGCACAAGCAGUUAGUUUUGGUUUCUCCAGGAGAAAGCAUCGGUGUGCAAGACUGAGAUGAGAUGGUCAGCAGCACCGAAGGCGCACGGGUUCCUCGCGUAGACGACCUCCUACCGACUUGUUUCACGUCACCCCGCCCGUCUCAUCCUUUAAACCCUUUCCUCUCCGACCUUCUCUGUUUGAGCGACUUCGGGCUCGGGCAACACAUAGCUACACAGAGAUAAAGUGAUCCAGACACUUCCAGCAUCACCUGCUCCACCAGGAGAAGAAGGAAGGGAGGAGGACGCACAAGUGCAGGCGCGUCCGUGCGUGCAUGCAUGCCAGCCGAACCAAAAGGGGACACAUAUUUAAUUGGAAUAAGAGUUUACCUGGAGACCUCUUUGUUUUUGACCUAAGCGCACAGCAUCGUUACAAGACAGCCUAAAUGUGUGCACUGUGAGAGGAGUCAUGCAUCUCCACACAGAAGAAGACAACAGCAAAGGCUCGGUGUCUCUCAGUGUCUUCCUGCUGUCUGUUGCAUUCGUAGUCUGCGCCAUUUGGCUGGUAGCUCUAUGUGGCGUCUGCACCUGGUGUCAACGUAAACUGGGGAAGAGGAACAAACCAGGGAUGGAGGCUCCCGGCUCUCCAGACUCUCCGAGAGGUCGAGGAGAAAACAAAGCCAUCAACGAUCUAGACAGAGACUUUUGGAAUAACAAUGACAGCAGCAAUGUGCAGCAAAGGUGGAGCUCCUACCCACCCAAAGAGUUCCUCCUAAACAUGUCUCCCUAUGCUCCCUACGGAGACCCUCGCCUCACUCCCAAUGGGGCUGUGGAUAAGGGUGGGCAGGGCGGUGCUGGACCCUCACCGGGGGCCAGCGACAGCGGGGGCGGCGCUUGCUCUGGUACAGGGGCGGGGCCAAGUCGCAGCAACAGCGUUCGAAGCAUGGUGUCAGGGGGCACUAAGGCCGGGCGCUGGCAGACGAUCCAAAGCCACAUGCAUGCCGGAGGUCUGCGGCUUAGCAAUUUUGGGGACGCCUCUCUCUCAUCGGCCUCUACCCUGGAACACAUCCCGUCAUCGGCAGUGGCACACCCUCGACCCCUCGUUCGGCAGCAGAGCCUCCAACAGCCCCUCACUCACCAGCCCCCUCCGGGUCCCAACGACCCCCCGGUCACCUCACAGAGCCUGGGCCAGCUACACACGGGUCCAGGCGGCGGGGGCCACCGUGGGGGCCCGCGGGGGGUCCGGGGGAGUCCGGCUGGAGCAUCCCGGCACAGAGGAACUGGGGCUGGCCGAUCUCGGUCAAAUCCAGGCAGCUGGGACCACAUGAUGGAGCAGAUCCGCCACAGAGGCCUGGAUGUUAAAUCGUUCCUUGAGGGGAAGAUGGUUGUUCUGUCUCUAGCAAUCGGGCUGGCUGAACAGGAUGACUUUGCCAACCUCCCAGAUCUCCAGGAAGCACCAGCGAACAAAGAAAAUGAAACCACACCAGAGAAAAGAACUCCCGGUAACAAACCAGGCAGCAACUCGAGAGGUCAGACUCCAGACGAGAGCGGACGCCGCCAGGGACACGAAGCCCACUCUGUUUCUGACAUGGCCAACUCAGUCACCAGCGACAUGCUCAUGUUGUCCCCAGGUUCAGAGGAGGAUGAACAUGAGGGUCCGGUUUGUGAGAAACUGGGUCGUAUUCAGUUCAGCGUUGGAUACAGUUUUCAAGACUCAACCCUCACCGUUAAAAUUCUCAAAGGCCAGGAUCUACCUGCAAAAGAUUUUUCUGGCACUUCCGAUCCAUUCGUCAAAAUCUACCUGUUGCCAGACAAGAAACACAAACUAGAGACUAAAGUAAAGAGAAAGAAUCUGAACCCCCACUGGAACGAGACCUUCCUGUUUGAGGGGUUCCCCUAUGAGAAGGUGGUCCAGAGGACUCUGUACCUGCAGGUUCUCGACUACGACCGGUUCAGCAGGAACGACCCGAUAGGAGAGGUGUCCAUACCUCUCAACAAGCUGGACCUGGCCAACAUGCAGACAUUCUGGAAGGAGCUGAAACCGUGUAGCGAUGGCAGUGGGAGCCGAGGGGAUCUCUUGGUGUCCCUGUGCUACAAUCCUACAGCCAACACCAUCACUGUGAGCAUCAUCAAAGCACGCAAUCUUAAAGCCAUGGACAUAGGAGGCACUUCUGACCCCUACGUAAAAGUAUGGUUGAUGCACAAAGACAAACGCGUGGAGAAGAAGAAGACUGUGGUAAUGAAGCGUUGUCUGAACCCCGUUUUCAAUGAGUCCUUCCCCUUUGACGUGCCUGCCCACGUGUUGAGGGAGACCACCAUAAUUAUCACCGUCAUGGACAAGGACAGACUCAGUCGCAAUGAUGUCAUUGGAAAGAUUUAUCUUUCAUGGAAGAGUGGCCCCGCUGAGGUAAAACACUGGAAGGACAUGAUAAGUCACCCUCGCUCCGCCGUGGCCCAGUGGCACUCUCUCAAAGCCUAAAGGGGCCCAGCAGCAAAACUGCCCAAAGUAUUUUCUUCUCCCCCCUCAGAAGUCAGCCUCAGCCUCUCUGAGCACACACCACGUCUCCCUAAACGCAGCGCUGGGCUGUAGCUCAUCUAUCAUCUCUUUGUUCUCAGGCCUCUUUGAUAUUCCCCACCCUUAAAUUUCACCCCGCUGUCGAGAUCUGAUCUCCACCCGACUCCUUCAUAUCUAUUUGUCUGAACUUAAAAACGUCUUUGAUGUCUUCUCUUCCCUGUGCCCCUCUUUGUAUGAACUUUUUUUUCAGGAUAUGUCUCAAUCUUUCUUCCAUCGUGUCAGCCAUUCCUGGAGUCCUAACCUCAGAGCAGAGUCUCUUGCUGCUUUACAAAUACAAACUUCCAACCACAAAUGGAACAAACCGAUAGUCAAAACUUCCUGUGAGGCAGCAAGAUGGACUGUGAUCCAGUAGGAGUGUUGAUGUCACCGACCCCGCGAGACCCUGGUUCCACUCACACCUGAUGUUGCAAUACGGAGCUCCCACUCUGCUCCUUCCACCUUCACUACCGAUCCUCCUCACCAACUAAAUGCCUGGAAAAUCAGGAAAACUGACACAGGUCAUGGAAAAGUGAUGGACUACACUUAAAACUGACUGGAACUCACUUUGUUUUUGUGAUCUUUUUCACUUUUUGCUUCAACCACUGUAACGAUUCUCCCUAAGCCGGAGCCCUUUGUCGUCUGUGCGUGAUGUGGGUGAUGUGUCGUAAUCCUAAAUGAUGUCCUGCAACAGAAAAAAGGGUACAAAAAUGAACAAUUAACUCUGGUCGAACGAGGCAAGUGUUGAAAAAUCCUCAUGGAAUAAAGAAAAGAGUGAAAUGUUUUCUUCUUUUAUUUAUUUAUUUCAAAGAAAUUAGAGAAUCAAAUCGCUCUUCCAGACAGAAAAAUCAUCUGCCAUGUUUUGGGUUAUUGUGUGUAUGUGUGUGAUUAUUAUUUAUAAUAAUGAUGAAAAUAGCUGAAAUUGGAGUCAGUCCACUCAAAUUACACUCAGAAGUGUUUUGCUAUUUUGUACAAAAUAGAUAUUUUUAUAAGUAAAGUUUAUGUAUCUGUUCUGAUAAAGUAUGCUGUUCUACCACAGAGAUUCAUAGAGUCUAGAUGAAACAUUUUCCAGUUGACCAGGUGAAAAUUGAGCAGAUUUAACUUUUCAAGCUUUUUUUUUUUUGUUCAUUUCAACAUUUUCUACUGUAUAUUUUAAGGAUUAUUACAACACAGAAUUCAGUCACAUUGCAAUCGAAUAAGAAAAUUUAACCAAAGCUCUGUACAUCAUUAGGUUAUGAAAAUAACAAUUGAUUAAAAAGAUGUUGGUAUAAUGGCAUAAAUUACCAUUAAAAUCAGAUAAGAUUGUGACUCACACAACAGCUUGAGAAUGGCUUAUAUCUCAUGAAGUAGGGUUCUGUCACACAACUAUUAGUAUUCUACCCUUUCUAUGUAAAUAUCUUUUUGAGAAGCCUCAGUUUGGAAAAACAGAGAUUAGUUCUGACCAGGUAGCUGAGCUAACAAAUGCGGUCAGUUUAAAAAUAUUUCUGCCAUGUGAAAGUUUCACUUUGAAGAUGCAAUAAGUAAGCGUUUUAUUCAAUUCUGUUUAUUUAUAUCGCGCCAAAUCACGACAAGAGUCGUCUCGAGGCACUUCACACAGCGAACUGAACUCCAAUACAGUUCAGUUCAUCAAGCUUAUCAGUAAAAAGUUCCUUAAAAAAGGAACUCAGCAGGUCGCGUCGAGGCACUGACUAGUGUCAGUGUCUUUACAGCAAUCCUCGUGCUAAGCAAGCAUGUAGAGACAGUGGAGAGGAAAACUCCUUUUUAACAGGAAGAAACCUGCAGAGGAUCCUGGCUCAGUGUAAGCAGCUAGUAAGUUGUGGCCAUCCGUCACAACUUACUGUGGAAUAUCACGAAAGAGUUUCGUUUCUCAAUCAUGUUGGAAAAAUAGUUACACUGAAACAAAAUUCCUUCUCAACCAGCUGGGGGGGGGGGGGGGGGUCAGUUUUUCUCUUUUCUAAUUUUCACUUUAGGCAGCUCGGCCCGGGCCAGGUGGGGACAGGUUGCCCUUGUGUGGCCUGGUUGUGUCUACAGAGCCCUCUCAGUAACACGGGCGUGGCCAAGCACGUGGGUUGCCAGUUUUUCUCCUUUUAAAAGGCCACAAAGAGACACAGCUUUGUUUACAAUCUUUCCUGCCUCCAAACUUCCUGGUUCCAGAGCCAACAAUAUGCAAGUUCUUCAGGUUGCGCACAGACACUGCUGCACCGGCAUUGAUAGUCUGACACAAAUCAGCAACUAGCCGCAGCGUUGUGGUCAGAAUGGAAGCCAGUAAAAUAAGCGAUUCAGAAGUUAUUUCUUGUACGCCUAAGAAUCCACAACAUAACGUUGAGCUAACAAUGCUAUCGGGGAAGCUGAAAAAAAUACUCAAAAAUAUCUAAUUUUUUUUUAUUACCAACAAUAUUACAGUGAAAUGUUUUUCCUACGCAUCAACUUACUGUGUAUGACACAUCAUUCAGAAUCUUCUGGCACUGAUCCAUAACUGGCAACCGGCAUGAAACUCAUGAAAGGAAGAGAGUGGUGGCUGCAAGCUGCAGUAACCACAAGAUGUGACUCUUAACGCCUUCAUAGUGUUUUACAGCACCAUGAAUUUUCCAAUUACAUGUUUAUUUACGAAGAUUUAUGUAGCUAUUUAUAGCAGAACUUAUCUGCUGUAGCAUUUCUGCCGCAAAAUCAUGAAUUAGGACAUUUUUGGCGAUGUAAAGAUAAUAAAACUUUAUUUGUGUAAACUUCAGUCAUUUUGCAGUUGGAAUUGUUUCAGAACUCUUACUGGUCCCCAUGUGACUAGGUGUUAGAGAGCAACUAAUCUGUGUUUCUGCAAGCUAAGGUUGUUCACAGAUCUUCAUACAAAACUCAAUAAAGGUUUCCCGACUUUCUAAUAACAGCUUUCUUUAAAAAAAAUAAGAACUAUGUCAGAAUGUUUAAUUACAGAGUUGUUGAAACAAAACCAAAAACUGUAAAAUCAUGAAAUUGCUGCGUUUUGAAACAGAGAUGGAAUGUUUUUAUGGAGACUAAUAGAAAUGUUAGAUGAUUAGCAAUAAAGUAUAAGGACUGUUGCAAAGAUUACCUGAAUAUGAGAACGUGAGGCAAUCUCCUGGGGAAGUUGCAAUAAUACAUUUGUGAAACUGUUUCAUUUUUAUAGCAUAAUGUGAAAUUAAAUCAUUUUAAUGCAUUAAAACCUGCAAAUAACAUUCAGAAAUAAUCAGAUCUUUCUCCUUCCACCAAGAACUGGUGAGCUUUUUUUGAGCAAGUUUAAUCAAAAGCCAAAGCAACACAAAAAAAAGCUGAAAGUAGCUGCUCAGUUUGAUAAAUCUGGUGACGCAGAUGGUUCUUAUGUGAAUGUAGUCAUGUGCAUCUAACAACAACCCAUCUGGUUGGAAGAUAAAUGCAAGCUGCCACCAGAAAUUAAAUGAUAAAACAUCUUUUUGUUUUCUCUGACAGGAAGCUGGAGGUCCCCUAUUUCUUGUUUUGAAUAUUUUUGUUGUUGAGGUCCAGUGUUCUUCUUAAAUCAAGGUGAUUACAGCCACUUUGUGCAAGUUGGAACCUGAACACUUGAAGGUUGGCAGAGCUGAAUGAACUCUGUGUGAUCAAACUGCUCAGGAAAAUAAGGAAGCAAAAUGUAAAAGGAACCUCUUUUUGACCUUUUUUUGUAAUUUGAGUGAACUGACGAGUGUUAAAAAGCUUGUGAGUCCUGAUGAGGUAAUAACUUUAAAGAGCUGUCCUGCAUAUAAAUGCACUGAACUGUGCCUUAAUGCACAGAAUCCAGCAAAUGACUAGACUGGCUUUAGUGACUGAAAUCAGAGGUUGGUCUGUAGGUCUUUGUUUUACUGCCUGAGUGUGACCUCCAUCCAGCUCAAUAUAAGCACGUAUUGAUCAAAUGAAUGAAAAGAAAUGGGAGUAAUAAUAUCUGAAGGGAGGGGAGUACUUUCCGCUGUGUGUUUUAUGUCUACUGGAUGUGUGUUUGCGCUGUGUGUGAGUGUCAAUACUUGGGUUUUACUUUGUGUGAUUGUAUUUUUUGUGGAUCCCGGUGUGUGCGUCUGUGCUAGCUUUUUGGUUAGCCGGUUUAACACAGAGCAGCAUUGUUUACCCUUUUUUAUUCUGAAUUUAAAUGUUCUUUUUUUUUUUGAAGAUUUUCAGUUUUGUAAGACUCGCUACACUUUUUGGAAAGCAAAAGCUGGAACAAACCUCUCUUCAUAGCCGGGUUUUUGGUUUUUUAUGUGUGGUUCAGCUUUAGAAGCAAAUCUCUGACAUGUGAGCUGUUUUCUAUUUGACCGUCAAACACCAGAGGUUCACAUUUAAUCCUGCACAACCUUAUGUGAUCUGGUUUAAAAUUAAAAAAACACACAAAAAGGUGGCGCCUUAUCAUCUCAGCUGGCUCACACCCAAAUCUCCCCCACCGUGCACACAUGCUUCCUGUUCUGUGUGCACCUUGUCGACCCUAACGCGCCUUGCUCUCCACCAUAUGUGCUCCCACUUCGAGCGUCAGAAAGGAGGAGGGGUGGGUUAAAAAAAAAUAAAGUGAGAUGUGAGAUAAUCAUCACACCUUUGCAUCAGCUUUAGCUCUCGGCUCAGAGCAGAGUGUUGGAACGUCCCAAAAUAAGCAGGAACAGAGUCAUCUGUCUGUCCCGAUGGCCCUGUGUGGUGAGCAGGGGAUUAUUCUGAAUGCUGCUGACUAAGCAUUACAUUCCAAAGACUUUCUGAAAGUCACGUAAAUCAAUGCAACCUACGUAUUCCACAAAAAUAAGUCAGGGUUUGGGAUAUGAAAUUUAAAAAGACAAGCUCCUCGCUGGCUGAAAACCACACUCUGGACAAGCCCACGGUUCUGUUUUGGGUGCAUUCCUCGCUUGAAAAUAAAGAGAGGUUAACCAGCAACACUUUCAUUUAGAAACUGUAAAAAUAAUCGUGAUGUGCCCUGUAUGUAAAAAAAAAAAGAUGAGUAUUUACCGGGGUUGUUUGAUAUCUGUCUGUCGUUGGUACCACUGACCCCCCCCCCCUCCCCCCUUCCAGU